UUUUAAUUAAUCUGUGUUGAUUGUGAUAUUUUACCCAGAGAAUUUAAAGGGGUUAUUUGUAUUUGAUUUUGGGCCACAAAAAAACUGCGUGGGGGAGAUCAAAGAUCCGAUUUUUAUUUUUAUUUUAUUCUGCAAGAAAGCGAUUUUCAGGAAUCAUAAGGUGAUUGGACUCUGAUUCUUGAAGAGAGUGAUUUCUUACUUCGUUAAUCUCAGCAAAUUGAUGUCCUUAAAGAGAAUCCAUUUCGAAAAAUUAGGUUUCUUUUUCAAGAAUGGAUAAUUCUCAUCAAUAUCAUAGUAACGGGCAUGUAACCGAUCCAGGCCUGCAAAUUAUCAGACAUCCUAAAUUCGUUGUGUCCUGGUUCGACAUAAGAGUGUUCUACGUCAGAAUCAGCAAUUUCACCGUGGACGAUUCUACCCCCGAAUGCCUCACGCUCAGCCACAUCCCCGUGGGGCCCGACACAGUUCUCGAAGUGAACGGGGCAAGGUGCUCGAUGAAUUCACAAGGGAUCUCAUCCACUCUCAGACGUGACAGAGUGGACAGGAAAUCCGAGGAGGCCACUUUUGUCAGCACGGAUAGCGUGAGGUUAACGGACAGUGUGAGAUUCGAGGUUUUCGAUAAGGGCGAUCUCGUAAUUUCCGGUGUUCUAGAGAGUUCCAGUAGCAAUGGAUGCGUUGGUGGCGGUGAGUCGUAUAAUAAUGGUGCGGCUAGGAGAUGGAGUAUGAGUUGCGAAUCGGUGAUUAGUGCUGGCUCGGGAUUUUUGAAGGGGAAGCAAAUAGUGGGGCCCGAUUCUUCUUCUUCUUCGCCUACGAUUGAAGUCUAUGUGGCAGGUUGUUUUUCGGGUACUCCGAUUAUACUGACCAAGACUUUGCAAAUUAAUCCAAGAAAGAAGCAUAGGAAGGGUAUGCUGAAUUCGAUUCCAGAGUACGAUGCUAACGGGUCCCACGAAGAAGUUGCACCGGGGCAUGAUCUGCAGGUUGCGGAAUACAAAAAUUAUAAACCAGAAAGUGAAGAAGAAUACGACAGUUUAUACUGGAGACAAACGGAAUAUGUAGAAGGUGAAGACGGUGAGCUGUCGUGGUUCAAUGCCGGAGUUAGAGUGGGCGUCGGAAUAGGGCUCGGCAUUUGCCUUGGCGUCGGAAUUGGUGUAGGUUUGCUCGUCCGUACUUACCAGACAACCACACGCACCUUUAAGAGACGCCUUAUAUAGUUGUUGUUUGUAAACGUCUCGUUUUUUUUUUUCUUCUUUCGUAGUGUUUACAUUUCAAUUGAGAGAGAGUUUUGAUGCAUUUUGUUGUUUAUAGGAGAGUGAGUGAUGGAAAAAUAAUUGCAUUUUGUGCACAUAUGUUCUUGACUGCAUCUCUCUGUGAAUAACAUUUUUUUGUUUUUUGUUUUUUGUAUUUAGAAAAAUCGAAUAAGGUGUGUUUACGUAUAUCGUAGAAAUUGGACGUGUGUUUCUUCU